GCUCGCUGUUUUGGACUAAUAUUCGGAUCAGGUGUGGCUUGUGUCCUCAUAAAUAAUUCCUGUGAGCUACCCACGGAGAGAAGAGAAGAGACCAGGCCCCGAGCCGAGGCCAAGCGAGCGACAAGAUCCAACCAACAUUUAGCUACGAUGGUUUUCCUUUUGGACGCCGAAGCCGAGAGAAGAGCAGGGCAAGGCGGCGAUCCAGAUCCAGAUCCAGCAGCGGUGACAAGUAGAGAGAUGGACCAGACGCAGCGGCUACCCGAGGACGUGCUCGCGGACGUCCUCCGCUGUCUUCCACCGCGCAAUCUUGCUGCGGCCCGCUGCGUCUCCCGCUCCUGGCACGCCGUUGUCGACGCUCAUCGUCUCCUGGACCGGGACCUCCUCCCGCUCUCCUUGGCCGGCUUCCUCAUCAACUUCUAUGACUUUUGCUUCACAGAGUUCUUCUACCCCUCAAGUUCAACGGACACCGCAAUCCGCGGCUAUGGCGACCUCCACUUCAUGCCGACGGACUACAUCCCUGUCGAGGAUGCAUGCAACGGCCUAGUUUUGAUAGACCUAGAUCAUUAUGUGGUUAAUCCCGCCACACGACGUUGGGCAAGCUUGCCCCCACGCCCACCUCUUCCCUUGGAAUUUAAGGGCUUUCAUGAACGAGGCUACAUCGUGUUUGAUCCGACGGUGUCGCCGCACUACCAAGUGCUUAGGUUCUUACAUGUCCCCCCUGUCUAUCGACUGGACGCAGAGGUGAAGCAACGGCAAUGGCCUCCGUCGCCAUACAUGAUGCAUGUUUUCUCUUCAGAAACAGCAACGUGGGAAGAGAGAUCGUUCAUCCGACAGGGAGAUGCCCUAGGGACUCUUGCCGACAUCGGACAGCUUGAGCUGCCAAUGUCAGAUGAACUGUACGCUGUGUACUGGCAUGGAGAAAUCUAUGUGCACUGUCAUUUUGUUAUGAGAAUAUCGUUAUCAAGUAGGACGUACCAAGUAAUUAAACUGCCAACAGAUGUUGACCAGCACCGGUGGACGGAGGUUCUUCUUGGAAGAUCAGAGAAAGGGGUGUAUUUUGCAGCACUUGAUGCUCAAUGUCAGCUUCGAGUUUGGAUACUUACUGAAUUACCCUGCGAUCGGAGUGAGUGGCUUCUGAAGCAUGAUAACAACCUUCACCAAAUCCCACCACAUCAAAACUAUGAUCCACCAAUUCACAGACCCUGGAUUAUGGCAGAUAUCAACUACAACUUCAAUCCAGCUAUUUACAGUACAGUACAAGACGAGAUCGAGUUGAAUCCAGACAAUGAGAUGGCAGAUAUCAACUACAACUUCAAUCCAGCUAUUUACAGUACAGUACAAGACGAGAUCGAGUUGAAUCCAGACAAUGAGAUCAUCCUUGAAACUAGACUUGAAAGGCACACGAAUGAACAUAUUAAGAUCCUUGGAUUUCAUCCUUACAAAGAAGUUAUUUAUUUCAGUCAAUCAUUGGACAAAGGAUUCGCCUAUCAUCUACAUGAACUCAAGCUAGAAGACUUGGGCCGCGUGCGCCCAAAAGGAUUAGAUUACUGCUAUACUAAGUUAGUAGAAAGAUCUAUUCCAUAUACACCUUGUAUGUUUGGCCCAUAAUAAGGAAAUAAUUAAUUAAUUGAGAAGCUUGUUAGGGAUUUCGAACGGGAAGCUAUGCAUACGUCUCUGUCCCUGGACCUUCUUCACUUCCCAGCAUAUUCAUUUUUUAUUUACAUUUUACUGUCUCAUGUACUGUUACUCAGUUAUAUACUAUAUAUAAGAUCUACCAUGAGCUUACUAAUAUAGGGCUAUGGGUUCAGUUGUAAGGAUAAGAUCCAAAUUAAGACUUGUGUUUGACAA